GUCCCAGUCGUGUCCAUGACUGUAGCUUUACAGGUGUCCAUCCCUCAACGGACCUAUGAGUUCGCCAGGGGAGACAACAUCACUAUACCAUGCAGCUUCAAACCCAAGAACCCAGUCAACGAUCUGGUCAUCAUAUCCUGGUUGGCUGAAGCAGACAAACCCGGAGAGCCAGAGGUGUCCGUCCUUACCUCCUACUCUACUGGUGUCCUGGACAUCAGUGACAGGUAUGAAGGAAGAGCUUCCCUGGAGCAGGACCUAGCUAAAGGAGUAGCCAACCUGAAGCUCUCCUCCAUCGGUCUCCAGGACAACCGACUAUUCGACUGUCGGGUCGCCAUCCCCAAGGAUGACAAGGGUCAGCUGGCUGACACCACCCGUCUGGUGGUCCUGGUGGCUCCCUCUGUGCCUGUCUGUAAGAUCGAUGGGAAGGCAGAGUACUUCCAGGAUAUCAGUCUCACCUGUCAGUCUGAAGAGGGCUCUCCUCUUCCUACCUACAAGUGGCAGGGCUACGACGUCAGAAACAUGCCCCGAGCACCUGCACCCAAGACAACAGACAAGGAUGGUGUUCUGUCUCUCUUCAACCUCACCAUGGAAUCCUCAGGAUACUACGUCUGUACCUCCACUAAUAAGAUCCGCAGUGCCAAAUGCAACCUGACGCUGUCCGUCAUGCCACGUGAGUGCACAAUGCGGGUAUCAUCUGGUGGCGUUGUGGUUGGUGUUCUGGUGCUGCUCAUAAUCCUCAUCUACUGCUGCUGCUGCAGAAAGAAGGACAAAGCAGAGGAGUACGCUAUGGGGGUUCCAGAGGGGGAGGAGUUCCACGACGACAAACCCGUGGUGAACGGCGAGGAUCGCCAGACGCGCAGCAAGGAAGGCGACGAUGAAGACCACCCACCUAAGAUCGCGGACCGUCGCGACCAGUACAAGGAACGCAGUGAGAAGGACUACGAUGACCGCCGCAGCGACUACGAUGACCGCCGCGAGCACCACGAUGACCGCCGCAGCGACUACGAUGACCGCCGCAGCGACCACGAUGACCGCCGCGAGCACCACGAUGACCGCCGCGAGCACCACGAUGACCGCCGUAGUGACUACGAUGACCGCCGCAGCGACUACGAUGACCGCCGCGAGCACCACGAUGACCGCAGGGACCAGGACGACCGCUACUCUGACCGCCGUGACCGGUACGACCGUGAUCGUGUUUACGAUGAACGCAGUGACGGCGGACGGUACAGUGAUCGUUAUGAUGAGCCCUACGAUGAUCGUGACAGACCUCCCAGUGUACCGGCCAAUAAACCUGCUAAGCCUUCUAAAAAUAGAAUAGAUUAGAACCACUUAAUGUUUACCGCAACUUGUGUUUGGAAUGGUUGAAAAUAUAAUGAAUAUUAUAAACAUAGUAGCUGCUGUAGGUCAGGCUUCACAAAGGGCCUAGCUGCCAGACUGAACUCGUCACAUCAAUAACAGGACGACAGUGACACAACAAAAGGCUGUAGAUCAGGGAUCAUCAAAUAGAUUCAGCCGCCGGAUGGUGUUUGUCCUUCAGCAGAAGUUCAGGGGACCGGAACAUAAUUAUAAAUCAUUUGUAGACGGCAAAUUGACUGCAAGAAACCCAAACGGAUGUAAUAUUUGACAAAUAUAUAAUAAUUUAGAACCUUGCUUACAUUUGUAUACCCUCACAUAUAAAGGCCUUCAAUGUGGAGUACAGCCUAUGAUUGAAGGAAGGGCGGCCUCCAUUCAGUUCAGUAGUCAGGAAGCCAAUUGGAAUGCUGAUUCAAAGAUUUGAAAAGUGCCAUCUAGUAUUUUCAAUUAGGAUUUUUUAUUCUUG